AUGAAAUGGUAUAACACACACCAGGACGCAGAGGAGCCCAACAACCUGGUGGACUAUUCCAUCACCCACGCAGAGCCUGCCAACGUGUUUGACAUCGAUGCGCACACGGGGGAGAUCCGGCUCAAGAACUCCAUCCGCUCCCUCGAUGCCCUGUACAACAUUACACCUAGUGGGGACUUCACGUGGUCCCUAGAGGUGCAGGCCAAGGACCGUGGCUCCCCAUCCUUCAGCACCACGGCCUUACUCAAGAUUGACAUCACAGACACUGAGAUGCUGUCCCGAAGCCCCAUGGCCGCCUUCCUGAUGCAGACCAAAGACAACCCCAUGAAGGCUGUGGGUGUUCUGGCUGGCAUCAUGGCCAUCAUUGUGGCCAUAACCGUCCUCAUCUCCACCGCCACCUUCUGGCGUAAUAAGAAGUCCAACAAGGUCCUGCCUGUGCGGCGAGUACUCCGCAAGCGGCCCAACCCUGCGCCCCAUGCCGUCCGCAUCGAAUGGCUCAAGUUCAGAAGGACCAAGGCUGCCGCCAAGUUUGUGCUCAGAGAGGAUCCUUCCAAUGAGAACUGCAACAACAACAGCCUAGGAAGUACACUGCCCCCCAAAGCCCCAGCUCCCCCUCCACCACCCACAAUGGCACCCAAGAUGGGCAUGGCCCCCUGGACUGUGCCUACAGUCUCUGGCUCACUCACCCCUAAGCAACCCCAACAGUCACCAAAACCCAAGGUAGGAAGCCCCAUCCAAUCAGCUCUGGUCUCUGAGCUCAGACAGAAGUUUGAGAAGAAGGGUGUAGGUAAUAAGGCUUACUUUUAGCAUGUGUCCUGUGGACCCUCAUUUCCCCAGCCCAACUUUCCUACUACUUGGACCAUGCUCCCCACCACCUGCUCCUUAGGGUCACCUCUGUUUUGUACCAUGAUGUAAGCCCCAUAUCCACGGCUCUGGACAUGCCUUGGAUGAGGGAUUUCUCUGUUUAUGGGCUGCAACUGCAAAUACUUCCUCAUCACCCAGAUUAUUGGCACAGUUAUGUGCCCCCCCAUUCCCCAGAGGCUGGGAAUCAACAAAGAGCCAGCUCUGGGUGUCUUCUACUCACGAACCUCAGACCUCGCCGAGUCCCUCAGGUCCUCCUGCAGCCUCAGCAUCCUCAGUGGAGGAUCAGGGCCCUGGCUGCAUGUGGCAAGGCCAACCAGAACCUGGAUCCUGAAGCCUCCCACUAAGAGCAGGAACAGGAAAAGGAAGUUCAGCCCUGGCUAAGGUUGUGGUCAGUGACCCUUGCAGGCUAUAGGAGAACAAAUGCAUCAGGACCGGGCAGUGAUGCCCUGAAAACUCACGCCAACUGUGGGGCUGUUCCUCAAAGCCAUUGGAAAGAUGGAGAAUGGUGUCUGGGCAGAGACCAUGGGUCCCUGCUAUAUCCGCACGGGACCAGGGGCACAGAGGUAUGAAAUGGCCCCAGCCAGGGCUGUCCCAGGCGGGCCCAAAAAUGUCCAAGCUGGAGCCAUGCAGGAGUCCUAGAGACAUCCUGAAGAGCCACAAGCCCCACCCUAAGGUGCUGCCCUUCCAGGAGUCCUUGAAGAGACAGUGCAGGGCUGAAUUUUGGAGAGAUCUGUUUUUAUCCUGCUCACAUGGUAUAACCUUGGGAAAGCCGUUUAAAUUCCCUGAUCACUCACUUCCUCAUCUGUAAAAUGAAGUAAGUCAGUCUUCACUGCCUCACUCACAGGUCCAAGGUGGAGACUGAAAUAAAUAUGUGGUAACAAGGGCUUUAGCCAAGUGCAAAGCAGCACAAACGCAGAGUAUUUUUCUGCAGGUCAAUCCUCUGGGGUGCAACUCUUCCAGAAAGUAUUAGGAGCCUCUCAGGCUAUUCUGCCAAGCACCCCCAGGAGGGCCUGUGCUGCGUCUGAGUGCCACCCCUGAUCCGUGGCAGUCAGGGCUGGACGAUGUCACUGCCCUUGACUGAGGCUCCUCCCGUCCUGUUCUCCCCCACCACAUGCCCCACGCAGCCCUGGCCAGCCACCGUCAGAGAGGACCAAAGCCGGGCAGCACAUCCAGCCCAAGCCUCCGUUUUGCCAGGGUGACAGAUGGGUUUCCAAAGGAGGAGUGAUUGGUAGAGGCCACACAGCAGGUUGGUAGCAGAGACCUGGUCUGAGGGCUCCUGGCUUCUCGACGUUUGCCCCUGACCAACCACACCUCGUCAGCUUGUGACAACCUGCCCCAGGAAAAAGACACACAGGCCUCUAUGUUUAAUGCAAAGAAGUUCUGCCCGACUUUCAGGAAAACUGCUUUAUAAGGAAUCUAGAUGUGUGCAGGGAGAGGGUUCUUUGCAUCUUGCUCCCCUCACUAAUAAUCGCUUUAGAAUAUCAUCAGUGAUUUUAUUUAAACCGAUUAGAUGCACAUGCGGUUUUCUUGAUUUCUGAGUCUGUGUUUUGAGGUGUUACUCAGAUGUGCCGGUGUGUAAGCUCCUUGCUGGGGUUUCUGCAGUCCCCACCCCAGAGUGUAUUAAGAGAUGAAAUCUAACAAGCUGGGAGCCCAGCCUGAUCAAAGAGGCAUUUUGCAGCGUAUAUUUCAGGAGAGGACUGUGAUGGACCAUGUUUGCCCUGCAUGGGGAAUACGGCAUCCUUCCAGUUUGCAUGUGAUCAACCUCUUUUGUAAAUGGUCAAUAAAAUCUGUUAAGCAAGGGCCAAGCUGA